GGAGCCAUUGGGCACCGCAAUCAGCCGACUCGGCCUCGUAAAUUCCCCUACCCGAUUCCAUACUUCGAGCAUCCAAGUUAUCAAUACCGAGUCAGUCGAAUUCACCGUCUCACGAAUUUGUGUAGUUGACCGUUUACUUGUUUUCAAUUGUGCCCUUAAUCGUGCGCUCUCGGCCCUUCUCUGGCCCCAUUUUCUGCUGUGCCACUUUCUUCACUCGAAUCAUGUCGUCGGACGAUGCGGAAACUGUUCGAAGGGAUCGGAUUCUCUCCAGCAAGCUGUAUUUUGACGUUCCUUCUUCAAAGGUUCCGGUGAUAUAUUCUUCAUCGUACAACAUCUCAUUUCUUGGAAUAGAAAAGUUGCAUCCAUUUGAUUCGAAGAAAUGGGGUCGCGUAUGCCAAUUCCUUGUUGCCGCUGGAGUAAUAAGGAAAGAUCAAAUCAUCGAGCCUUUGGAAGCUAAAAUGAACGAUCUUCUUGUGGUACAUACUGAAUCGUACCUGAAUAGUUUGAAGAACAGUUUAAACGUUGCCAAGAUUAUUGAGGUCCCUCCUGUUGCGUUGUUUCCUCAUUGUAUUGUCAAGGAGAAAGUUGAACGUCCAUUUCGUAACCAGGUUGGAGGGAGUAUAUUAGCUGCAAAAGUAGCAAAGGGGAGAGGAUGGGCUAUCAAUGUAGGAGGUGGUUUUCACCAUUGUUCAGCAGAACGAGGAGGGGGAUUUUGUAUGUAUGCAGAUAUUACUCUGUGUAUACACUACGCCUUUGUUCAGCUAAAUAUAUCAAGUGUAAUGAUUAUUGAUCUUGAUGCCCAUCAAGGAAAUGGCCAUGAAAAGGAUUUUUCCCAUGAUAGCCGAGUAUAUAUUCUUGAUAUGUUCAAUCCAGAAAUAUAUCCAUUUGAUUACGAGGCUAGGCGAUGCAUUAAUCAGAAAGUUGAAGUCGUUAGUGGGACCAGAACUAGUGAAUACUUGAAGAAAUUGGAAGAAGCACUUGAGGUUGCUUCCACUUCCUAUGAUCCAGAAUUGAUUGUUUACAAUGCUGGGACUGAUAUUCUAGAUGGAGAUCCUCUGGGUUUGUUGAAGAUUAGUGCUGAUGGAAUAGCUAGAAGAGAUGAAAAGGUUUUCAGAUUUGCUCGUGCGAGGAGAAUUCCCAUUGUAAUGCUAACAUCAGGCGGUUACAUGAAAUCUAGCGCUAAAGUCAUUGCUGAUUCAAUCGAAAAUCUCUCGAAGCAAAAUUUAAUCGAUACAGGAAGUACUCCAGGCAGAAUGUAGUCAUCAAGUUAAAGUGUGAGAAAUCCCGCAAAGAGGAGGACAGGUAGCUGUUGCAGCAAAGUGGAAUGAACUGUAUAUGAGUAUUUGAUAGAUAAAUAACAGUGUCGGUCAAAGCCCACUAAUGAGUUUUUGUGUUGUAGCUGCUGCUACAUCGGUGUCGGUAACACCCAAAUUUAAACAUUUAUUAGACACAAAAUUGAAUGUUCAGAUAUUUGUUCUUUUUUCUCGAAAGUUGAACGACUUUUUAGAUACUAAAUUAAGAUUGAACCCUUUUGUAUAAUUAGAAUAAUUGGAAAUCCCAAGGGCAUGGAUGUCAAAAAGAAAACUUGGGUUGAGAGCCCAUUAUAUAUAUUUAUAUAAAGAGAGAUGAAUCCAUUUUCCUUGA